AUGUCACCAUUCCUGUUUGCAAUAGGAAUGGAAUACCUGUCUAGAUGCUUGUCCUUACUUGGAAAAUCAAAAGAGUUCAAAUUUCAUCCAAGAUGUAAAAAAAUAGACCUGACUCACUUGAUGUUUGCAGAUGAUUUACUAAUGUUUGCUAAGGGAGAUGAUGCUUCUGUUUCUCUCCUUUUUGAAGCUUUCUCUAAGUUUUCUGCUGCUUCUGGGUUGGAAGCUAACAUGAUGAAGAGUGAACUGUAUUUGGCUGGUGUGCCUGAAUCUGUAGCCCUCAGUAUUCUAGCUAAGAUUGGCAUACCUAGGGGUUUUUUUCCUUUUAGAUACCUUGGUGUCCCCCUCUCAACUAAGAAACUGAGCUUUACAGACUGUAAGCCCCUGAUUGAGAAGACUGUAGCAAGGGUAAAAAGUUGGUCUGCUAAGCUUCUUAGUUAUGCUGGAAGGUUACAACUGAUUAGAUCAGUUUUAUUUGGCAUCCAGUUGUACUGGUGUCAGAUAUUCAUAAUGCCUAAGAAGGUGUUGAAAGAGAUACAAAGAAUAUGUAGAUGUUUCUUAUGGAUUGGAGCUGAAGGGAAUUCCAGGAAAGCACUAAUUGCUUGGGAUCAGCUGUGCUUACCUAAAAUCUGUGGGGGUUGGAAUCUUAAAGAUUUACCUUUGUGGAACAAGUUAGCUGUUGCUAAACACUGUUGGGAUUUGUCUUUGAAAGCUGAUAAGCUGUGGGUGAAAUGGAUUCACACAUACUAUGUGAAGCAUAAUGAUUUUUGGACCAUGCCAAUCCCUAAUGGACUGUCUUGGUCUUUGAAGAAGAUUUGGCAGCAAAGGGAGACACUGAGUAGCUCUGGUGAUUUGCAGAAGUUUGUAACUGCAGGGAAAUUUAAGAUUCAGAGAAUGUAUAAUCAUUUAAGACAUCAAGGGGAAUCAGUGGGGUGGAAGAGAAUUUUUUGCAACAGUCAUGCUAGCCCUAAAAGUGUGUUUAUUGUGUGGCUGGCCCUGCAGGAUAGACUUGCAACUAAAGAAAGACUGAGAAGAUGGAAUGUUAUAGCAGAUAGUGUGUGUUGCCUUUGUCACAGCACAGAUGAAAGUAGGGAUCACCUUUUCUUUGAUUGCAGUUAUUCUGCUGACAUUUGGAAUCAGGUUCUGCAGAGAAGUGGCAUACAUAGAACUGCUGGAACUUGGAACGAAGAGGUGCAGUGGGUGCAGAAAGCAAGCAGGAGUACUAGAAGCAAAGCUAGAAUGUGUAAUAGUUUGUUCUGUGAAACUGUGUACUCUAUCUGGCUAGCUAGGAACUCUAAAGUUUUUUCUAACCAGUUAGACAAUAGCUUAAGUAUUGUAAACAGAAUUCUGUUUAGGGUAGCUUGUAAUAGCUAG